UUUCACCUUACAGUAGCUAAAAUAUCAGUAAGUUUUUGCUCCAUAUAGGAACGGUAUAGAUGUUGUUUACAAAAUGGGAAACAAAUGGUGCUGACGUGUUUAUCCGGUCUGUGACAAUAUGCAGUGCGUGUGCACACUGUUGUUUAUGUUUCAUUAAUGUAAAUUGUUGGUAGUCAAGGACAGGCACUAACAUAAGAGUUAAACGGCAUUGUUUUGGAAAAAGUAUGAUGGACAGUAAACUGGGGUAAAUUUUGAGAAUAGCAUGGGCCGGACCUGAAAUGAAAAUACUGUAAAUUAUGAAAGUUACAAAAUGCUGAUCAACCAACUACUUACAGAAGCAAAUUUCUUCUCUGCAGCUGUCUUCUUCUUCCCAAAAUCACUGUGAUUCUACGUUGUUGUCUGAAGAAAUGCUGUAUCAGUCACAUGGAUCAACCAUUGAAAGUAGAAAUGAAUGCAGUGCAUACUGCACAUGAUAAAGUCCGUUCCUUGUGCCUUUCAGUUGAAUUAUGUGUAGUUUGUGGAGACAGGGCAUCAGGUCGGCAUUAUGGAGCAAUAAGCUGUGAAGGAUGUAAAGGGUUUUUCAAACGUUCUAUACGCAAACAGUUAGGUUAUCAGUGCCGAGGAAACAAGAAUUGUGAAGUUACCAAACAUCACAGGAAUAGGUGUCAGUAUUGCCGUCUUCAGAAGUGCCUUACAAUGGGAAUGAGAAGUGAUUCCGUCCAGCACGAGCGGAAACCAAUUUCCGAGAAACGGGAUUACUCUGUCACAGGUGUUAGUUCACCCUUUCCCCAGAAUCCUUUAAACAAGAUAUACAUUAGGAAAGAUUUGAAUUUGGAUUCUUCUGGUCUACCAUCCAACUUCUCAAUUUCGGAUUUAGGACAGAUAAACUCAAAUUUUGGAAAAUCUGCAGUGGACUGCAGACAGUUGUCUCCAAGCCAAGGGAGUGCAGAUGAAGAAGGUUCAGUGGACAGCUUUUUAGGGAAUGGAGAUUUGAAUGAUUCGUUAAGUGCUGCACGAGACAAAACUAUUAUCUCACAUGCACUGGAUACAGCUGCAAAGAAUUUAAAUGAAAGUGACUCAUUUGCAUUGGCAGACUAUGGUGAUGAAAGUGUUUUCGAACUGGAAGGCCUACUAGUUCAAGAUCACCACAUUUCUUUCAACUUGCAGACACCAAGUCCAAUGCCAGCCUACCUAAAUGUACACUAUAUUUGUGAAAGUGCUUCUAGACUACUGUUCCUGUCUGUUCAUUGGGCUCGUAGCUUACCAGCAUUCCAACUGUUGAGUUCAGAUACACAUGUUGCUUUACUACGUGCAUGUUGGGCUGAGCUUUUUACUCUUGGACUUGCUCAGUGCUCUGAGGUGCUCUCACUUUCUUCCAUCCUUUCAUCAAUUAUUGGUCAUCUUCAAACUUCUGUAACACAAGAAAGCAUAUCUGCACGACAUGUGAAACAAGUGACGGAUCACAUAUGUAAGUUGCAGGAAUAUGUGAAUUCUAUGAAUAGGCUGCAGAUUGAUGAGCAUGAAUAUGCUUACUUGAAAGCGAUUACACUUUUCAGUGCUGAUCAGCCUGGUCUUCACACUCGACGUCAGGUAGAAAAAUUUCAAGAAAAAGCUUUUAGAGAACUCCGUACAUAUGUAACGCAAACAUUUCCAGAAGAUAGUGAUAGGUUUCCGCGCUUAUUACUCAGACUUCCGCCUCUUCGAGCUCUACAGCCUAAAGUUGUGGAAGAACUAUUUUUCGCUGGUUUAAUAGGUAGUGUUCAAAUUGAUAGUGUGAUACCAUACAUAUUAAGAAUGGAUGGUGGUGACUGCAAUGACCAAAUCGUUUCAGGAAAUGAUAUGAAUGUUGGUGAAUUUGGAAGAAGGCUGUUCAAAGUGGAAGAUAGCGAAGAAGAGUUAUCAUAAUGUAUUUUCAUAUGAAAAUUCUAAUAAGCAGGAAAUGAUUACACUAUUUUUUUUGCAAAUUUUGUACAUUUCUGUAGCUUUACAGAAAAUAUUUUAUUAAAAAUGCUUGUGA